AUGGCUUCUCAUGGCGAUGUGGGGUCACAGGAAGGCACGGCGGCGGCGCCGACGCACGCCGGCAUGGCCGAGCUGGUGCCGGCGCUCCCACUGGAGACGCGGUGCCCACCGUUCGCGCUGCGGCGAUACGCCGGGUUCUGGCAGCCGGAGGGGGUGCUCAGGCGCGGCCUCCCGACGUUGCACGCGCGCUUCGCGCCGAGGCCCACGGACGUGCUCCUUGCCAGCUUCCCCAAGUCCGGCACCACAUGGCUCAAGGCCCUCGCCUUCGCCACCCUUCACCGCGACGCCCACCCGCCGUCCUCCGACGCCGACCACCCGCUCCGCCGCCGCAACCCGCACGACUGCGUCCGGUUCCUGGAGGUCGACUCCGCUCUCGAGCACACGGACGUGGACGCCGUGGCGGCCGAGAUCGAGGCGCUCCCUUCCCCGCGCCUGCUCGCCACACACCUGCCCUACUCCCUCCUACCCGAGCGCGUCGUCUCCGCCGGCGGCCCCCGGAUCGUGUACGUCUGCCGGGACCCCAAGGACGCGCUGGUCUCCUCGUGGUUGUUCACCAGGAAGGCGUCGGCGAGCGCCGGGGUCGACGGGGAUGCGUUCUCGAUGCAGGAGGCGUUCGAGCUGUUCCGCGAGGGCCGGUGCUGCUGCGGCCCGCAGUGGCGGCACGUGCUCGAGUACUGCGAGGCGAGCCGCCGUCGCUCCGGUGGCGGGGGCGAGGUGUUGUUCCUGAGGUACGAGGAGAUGCUGCGCGACCCGGCGGCGAACCUGAAGACGAUGGCGGAGUUCAUGGGUUGCCCCUUCUCCGAGGAGGAGGUGGCGGGAGGGGUGGUGGAGGAGAUCGUGGACCUGUGCAGCCUGGAGAAGCUGAAGAACAUGGAGGCCAACAGGGACGGGCGGUGGAACGUGUCGGGCAUCAGGAGCGACGCUUUCUUCCGGAAGGGGGUCGCCGGAGACUGGAGCAGGCACAUGUCGCCGGAGAUGGGGAAGAUGCUGGACAAGACCGUGGAGGACGCGCUCCAGGGAUCUGGGUUCAGCUUCGCGGGCUCAGCUCCGGCGAGCCACUAACCACGGGUGGUACUGCGACAAACAACAAUACCAUUGACAAGCACGGCUUGGAAGUUGGAACACGUGAUCCAUGGAUUUGAGGCGCGAGUUUGAAUUCCAGUUUCUUGCUUCAAAGUUGAUUAUCUUGCAAGUUUAAGCAGUAGUUUGAUAACUCAUUUCAAAUGUUUCUUUCUAAAAUUUCCGAAUCAUUUCGGUCAUCUUAGCACUAUUUAAGUACAAUUCCGAGAAUUUUCGAGUGCAUUUCAACAUUUCAAAUUCAUUUAAAUUUCAUUUCAUCAUAAUUCUAAUAAAUUCGAAAUGCAUUUCAAUGUGUUUCAGUUAUGCAUUGAAAUUAAUUACAGUCUUCGUUCAAUAAAUUUUCAAUAUUUAAUUAAUUUGAAAUAUAUUUCAAUCAUGUUUAGUAAAUCUAAAAAUUCUUUUCAAGUAAUUUCAAUCAUGAUUCAAUUAAUAUUUUCAAUAUUUAAGUACAAUUCCGAGAAUUUUCAAGUGCAUUUUAACAUUUCAAAUUCAUUUAAAUUUAAUUUAAACAUGAUUCUAUAAAUUCAAAAUGCAUUUUGUUUCAGUUAUGCCUUGAAAAAAUUAUAGCCUUCAUUCAAUAACAGUUCAAUAUCGAAUGCAUUUGAAAUGUAUUUCAUUCAUGUUUUAGUAAAUCUAAAAAUUCUUGUCAACUAACUUAAAUCAUGAGUGAUAUAUUAUUAUUAAUUAUGAUAAUCAUUUGAUUAAUUGAUUUUUUCCAAAUGCAUUCAAUAUUUCUAUAAAUUUGAAGUACGUUUCAGUCAUGACUCAAUGUAGUUUCAAAUGCAUUUCAGUCAAAUGUUUUAGAAUAUUACUGAAUCAAAACUAAAAUGUAUUUCAAGAAUUGAAACGGAAUUUGAAAACCGUUACUGCAUUUGGAAAAAAUGUGAGUAUAUUUGAAUAGACCCAAUGAUGACCGAAAUGCAUUUCAAAAGCAGUUGAAUAUGUCGAAAUGCAUUUCAAACAUGUUGUAAAGUGUAUUAAAAUAAUACUAAAGCACAGAUUUUUUGUGAAAUGUAUUAAAAUAUUACUGAAUCAUUAGAGAAAGUAAGUAAAAUGCAUUCCAAAAAUAACUAAAAAUUGCACUUCUGAAAAAUGAAAUCAAAUAAUUGAAAUAUUUUUUAUUCAAUUAUUAUUUAAAGCUUUGCACACGUAUGUAUUUUGUAUAUAUGUGUCCAGUAUACCCCUCAAAUACUUUGAACACUGAAUUAUUAUUAACUCCUUUUCUUUUAUUAUUUUUAGUAUUUCUAUAUCUCUUCCCUUUAAUUUGUCUUCCGUGAUUGCAGGAAGGACACCUUGCACUCUGCAGCCGUAAAGUUGUUCUCUCCGUCAGUAUCAACACCUAUGACCACCAGCAGCUUUGUUCAGUAGGACUGCUAGAUGCAUCUAUCUCUCAGAUUGUUAUUUUUUCUACUGACUUCAGUUCACCAACACUCUG